AUGAGGUCUUGGGCGUCUGAUUUGAUUUGGAGGGUGGUGAGACCCAAAUCCAAAGCUUGGUUGAGCGCUGAUCGAAUAGCGAGUGCCUCCAUUAUUGCUGAUGUGAUGAAGCGUUCAGCCGAUUAUCCGCGGGUGUGUUCUCCGCCAUCGUUGUCUAUGAAGAUCUAUCCCGUUCCUCCGGUUUGCGUUUCUUUUCUCCAUGAUCCAUCUGUGAAUCAGAUCAUAGCAUUUAGAGGGUUGUUGGGUGGUGUUGAGUGGAUUGUGUGUAGAUGGGUCUUUUGGUUGAACAGUUGUGCGAUUUGCCAUUCUCUUGCUUCCGAUAUUGCUCUGGUUAUUGUUGCUUCAGGGGAGAAGACUCGCUCUUCGAAGAUGAGAUGGUUCCUUGAGGUCCAAAUGACCCAGCAAAUCCACGGGAAGAGAGGACCCGCUCCAAUGCCAGUUGGUGGGAGGCAGAUCCAAUCUCUGGAUGCAAUGAGGGUUGUGGUAAAGUUGGGUAGGUUUUGGGGGUUGAUGAUGGUCUUGAGAGGUGCUUUGGACAAGACCUGUUGA